CUAAUUUCAUAAAUAUUUAUACGUUAUAUAUUUUAAAACAAUGUAUGUGAAUAAUAUCAGGGCACUAUGAUGAUCACCAGUUUCAGCUUCAUCUGUGUGUUUGCAGUGCUGAUAAACAAAGUGUCUCUGCAGGAAACAGUAAAGGCUGUUAUUGGUGGUUCUGUCGUCCUGCCGUGUUCUUCCACUAAAGAUUGUAAACUUCAAGACAUUAAUGUACACUGGAGACACAAUGGCAGCAAGAUUGUGUGUGAUAUACUUGAAGGCCGUCAUUCAGAGACACAGGACCCAGACUACAAGAACAGAGCUGAAACAUUCCCUGAAGAGUAUGAGAGAGGAAACUUCUCCAUCAAACUCACAGAUCUCACUCACACUGAUGCAGGAGAGUUCAGCUGCCUCAUCUCACACUCAUCUGAGCUUCAGACUGUACUGCUGACCAUCAACGAAUCAACAGCAGAAAAAGGAAAUGGAAUAAUUGAUCAAGGAAACCAAAGAGAAGAAACAGGUUCAGAUGUGGUGACAUCAUCACCUUUGCUCUGGAUUGUACCUGUAGUAUUGUUAGCGAUUAUAGCUGGUUUAAUCAUAUUUCUCUUGAGAAAAAGAAUCCACGCUGCCUUAUUCUCAUCUGAACAACAACCAACAGAGACAGAAAUGACAAGUCAGGUCUAAAAGCUUUUUUGAUAUUUUGUUCAAAAUAAAAAUGAAUGAGUCUGUCAUGUUUCUGCAUGAACAAUUCUGCACCACAAGUGUUCUUUCAUAAUGUUGUGUUUGCCAGUAUUAAAUGCAUUUUACACUCUGUAUGUAUUAUUUUAUGUUUGAUAAAAUGUAUCAAAAAUCAGAACAAUCAGAUCAUUUUUUCAGAACAAUGAAUCAAUUGGAUAAGAUGUUUCAGGACAAUGUUGUGAUAUCAUGGCAUUUGCUUAUAUUGUCUGUAUUAUUUGAUCAUUAUUGUCCUUGCAAAGAUAAUUGAAGCUGCGUUAUUCUCUUUUGUCAUGAAAGAACGAAACGUGACAGGCAGAUUUAAAAGUGUCACCUUUCACUUUUCUGACAAAUUGUUUCAGGCUUCAUUGGUUCUUUCAAGUUGUUUUGAGCUGUUAAAUUCUUUCUAUUGGCAUCCUGUUAUUCUUAUACAGAAUGUAUAACAGAAAAGGAUCUCGAAACACUGAAACAGGAACAUUGUUUGCUAAAAAAAGUCCGUUAAUAUGUUAAUGCUGCCUGACCAUUUCUGCCCUUUCAUGGUGUUGUGCUUGAAAUAUUACAUUUAUUCUGUAUUUUUUAUGUAUUUAUCUUUACAUAAAUC